AUAAAAUGUUUUGCUGUCCACAUCUCCUAGAGUAACUAAGAGGCCCAUCGUGAGUACUGAAGCAUCCACAGUUAAACCUCAUUCUGCGUCUACAGUUUCUAAAACAUCUGAGGUGCUUUGUAAACACGUCGUUGCGGCAGGGUCAAACGGGACUUGCGUACGUGGACCCCGCGGGCCGCCGGGAUUGCUGGGACCGAAAGGAGAUAAAGGAGACUCGAUUGUAGGCCCGCAGGGACCGAGAGGAAGACUGGGAUACCCAGGGCGAGACGGAAUGAAAGGAAAGAAAGGUGAACGUGGGGAAAUGGGACCAAGAGGUACUCGAGGUCGAACGGGGAGACCUGGACCCGCACUAUUCUUUGAUGCUAGCGAAAGUGUGAUCACUGUCAAGGGAGAAAAGGGAGACCCGGGACCGGAGUAUACCUUUGUAAAGGAAAUAAACUGCGAAAAGGAUAAAUGUGGCCUAUACAUCCAAGGUCCAAAGGGAGAACCCGGGAAAAACGGUAACCGGGGUACCCCAGGAACUGUGGGGUUGCCCGGUCCGCCGGGAACCCCUGGAAAACCUGGAGUAAUACUUGAUCCAGUGACAGGAUUGCCUGUUGAUCCCCCAAAGGGUGAAAAAGGUUACCCAGGAAUGGAUGGGAUGGACGGACGGAAGGGGGAGCCCGGAGAGAGAGGAGAGCGAGGAGUAAUUGGUCCUCCUGGACCAAAGGGCAAAAGAGGGGCUAAUGGAAUGACGGGUUUUCCCGGGAUGACUGGGGCACCAGGAGCCAUGGGACUGCCAGGCAUGGGUAUGCCAGGGCCGCGAGGUACCCCGGGACAAGAUGGUGCAAAAGGAAAACAAGGCGAUAAGGGUCAAAUGGGCGAUCGAGGUAUUCAGGGUCCAAAAGGAAUGGAUGGCCCAAUGGGAGAUGAUGGACUUCCGGGGCCCCCCGGACCGAAGGGCUCUAAAGGAAACAGUAUUAUAGGCCCACCAGGUCCACCAGGACCCCCGGGGCCCAAAGGGGACGCGUCCAUGAUGGAGGUGGUUCUUAGACCCGAGAAAGGGGAACAAGGACUUCCGGGUCCACCGGGACCUCCAGGGAAAUCAGGUACAAUCGGGGGCGUUGAAGGAGAACCUGGAGCAAAGGGCGAAAGAGGUGCUGAUGGAAAGAAUGGAACUAAAGGACAAAAAGGAGAUGCUGGAGGCUCCCCCGGACGUCAAGGUGCUAAAGGUGAAAAAGGCGAUAGUGGAGAUUCUUGUAAUUGUAACUUUACCAAAGGAGACAUCGGACCUGUGGGUCCUAAGGGAUCGCCCGGUCCUCCCGGGUUGCCUGGCAACAAUGGAACGAGUGAAAGAGGGGAGAAAGGAGACAAGGGGGAACCUGGACUUAAAGGAGAAAAGGGUAAACGUGGGUCUUUAGGCUUUCCUGGACUUAGAGGGAAAAAAGGAUCAGAGGGAGAAGUGGGACCGCAAGGACCUGUGGGAGAGCUAGGAGAGCGAGGUCAGAAGGGGGAACAGGGAUCCCAAGGAGGAAACGGUUCGAAAGGAGAAAAGGGUGACCGUGGCGUUGGACUCAAAGGUGAAGCAGGUGAGCCUGGGGAGACUGGUCCUCAAGGCCCGCCAGGACCUCCCGGUCCAAUCGUCCCAUCAGCCACCGAAAAGGGAAGCAAGGGAGAGGAAGGAAAAAACGGCACACAAGGAGAACGAGGACCGCAGGGCGAAAAAGGCAAGCAAGGCGGUAUCGGUUUCCCUGGAAGAAAGGGUGCCACAGGAAGACCAGGCCCGAUUGGAUUUCCUGGCAGGAAAGGUGAACCAGGCGCUCGAGGCUCUAUUGGUGAGGGAGUGCCCGGAGCCGAAGGUCCCGCGGGACAAAAGGGUGAGACGGGAUCCAAAGGAGACCAGGGAAAACGUGGAACCAUUGGAUUUCCAGGUUCGAAAGGCUUAAAAGGCACUAAGGGUGAUGCGGGGAGAAAUGGAACUGAUGGGCAGAAGGGAGAGCCUGGUGAAAGCAUCCAAGGACCAUCUGGGCCUCCCGGGCCUCCGGGGCCCCCUGGUGUAAUAAUGGAGUCGAGCAGUGGAGGAGAAUCAUCAGCUCAGAUUACAGCGCAAAAGGGCGACAAGGGGGAUAUUGGCAGGAUUGGGUUUCCUGGCAAGAAAGGGGAAAAGGGAAGUUCCGGGGAACAAGGUGUCAAAGGAGAGAAAGGGGAAGUGGGACAGGACGGAAAAACCGGAGGAUUGGGAUUCCCAGGGAGAAAAGGGGACCCGGGGGAAAAGGGAAAGCGUGGAUUUAAUGGAACAACGGGACCUCAGGGCAUUACGGGUCCGCCCGGUAAUCCAGGGGAAAUGGGACGACAGGGGCCGAUUGGUUUCCCUGGACGUAAAGGAAACACGGGUACUCCAGGACCCCCCGGGCCCCCGGGACCUCCAGGAACCCCUGGAGACAAGGGAGACCCUGGUGAAGAGGCUGCGAUCGGAUCCACCGAAGGAGUGAAUGGUAAUGGAAGCGAGGCUAAAGGAGAGAAGGGGGAUCAAGGCGAGGUUGGCGAACCAGGUCCUCCGGGAGAAAAAGGAACAAACGGAACCAAUGGGAUAAAAGGAGAAAAGGGGGAACAAGGAGUUGGUGAGAAGGGUCAAAAAGGCGAUAAUGGCAUCACUGGAAACAAGGGAGGGCCAGGAGAAAGAGGUGUAAAGGGGACCAAAGGAGAACCAGGGCUCCAGGGAAAACAGGGGCCUGAAGGUCCUGAAGGUCCUGAAGGUCCCCCGGGGGAAACUGGUGAACCAGGAGAUCCGGGGGAGACAGGAAAUACAGGACAAAAAGGACAAAAAGGGGAGAGCGGAGACAAUGGGAUGAACGGAGAACCUGGACAGGCAGGGAAAGAUGGAGUCAACGGAACCAAAGGAAGUAAGGGUCAAAGAGGCGACCUAGGUUUCCCCGGACUCAGAGGUACACCAGGAAGCAAGGGAGAAGCGGGAACACAAGGAUUGCAAGGACCAAAGGGAGAGCCAGGAAAUUCAAGUGUAGGACCUAUGGGACCGCAAGGACCGCUGGGAAAUCCUGGCAACCCAGGCCCUCCGGGACCACCCGGAAUAUCCGGUCCUUCCGGGACCCCGGGGAAAGAUAGCAAUGUUUCUGGUCCUCCGGGGCCACCGGGACCUCCAGGACCCCCUGGAGAAAAUGCAGAGAUUGGCUUCACUAGUGGAAAAACUGAAAAUUCAGGGGUGCUGGUAUUUGAUACACAAGUCAAUCUUAUCCGUGAUGUAGAGAAAGUAGAACAAGGCACUCUGGCUUUUGUCAUCUCCGACCAGAUGUUAUAUAUAAGAGCUUUACGCGGCUGGAGAUCGAUCACGCUUGGCCCAACCAUCUUCGCGGGUCCAACAGAGGCUUCCCAAACAACGAAAUUAUCCACUAUCAAGCCUCCUACGGGUCUCAUGUUAUCUCCAGCAAACGUCAAACUACGAGGACCAUAUGUGCGCAUGAUCGCCCUCAAUGCACCGCAGACUGGUGAGAUGCGCAGCGUGAAGGGUGUGGAUGAAAUGUGCUGGCGGCAGUCCCGUGCAGCUAAUCUAACAGGAGCAUAUCGAGCUUUUAUUUCAAACACGCUGCAACAUGUCUAUUCAAUUAUCCACAGAAGGGACAGAAAUCUCCCUGUUGGUAACCUUCAGGGAGAUCAGCUUUUUCCUUCUUGGAAUUCCUUAUUCAAGUCACGAUAUGCAUUUAAUCCUGAUAUCCCACUCUAUUCAUUCAAUGGAUCAAACGUUCUAAAAGACCCAGCCUGGCCCCUCAAGCACAUUUGGCACGGAUCGCGAAAAGAUGGCCACAAGUACCCAUUAAAUUGUCGGCGCUGGAUGAGCAGUCGCUCCAGGGACUCCAGUACGGCCUCGGCCUUGAAUGGCCGCGAGCUAGCUUUGGCCGAGCGCGAAUUUCCUUGCAGCAGUGAUCUAGUGGUGCUGUGUGUGCAUAUAAACCCCACACUACGCCACCGAUACAGAUCUCGCCAUAAAAAGGUUUUGUGAAGACUUGUUGAAACAGUUACGUUUUGAAAGAGGACACAAAGAGGAGACUGGGCACUGGUCAAGCGUUGGCUCACCACUGCGCAUGCCUGCGAGGUGUCGAUACCACCCACAUGACAAGCUGGUGCGAAAAGAAUCUGUUUUAAUUAAAAAAUAAAUAAAUAAAUAAAUAAAUAAGCAAUUAAAAUUUUUAUUUCAAUUCCACUGGACGAAAAUAUUAUCAUAUUUAUUCGCUACGAAACCUUAAGCGUUUUUAGGACAGCUUAGAUAUUUUGCGUUACAAAUAAUAUGUUGAUAUAAGCGCGUGUUCGAAUGCGCGCUUAAGAGAGAUAAGGUGCUAGUUGAAACGGUAUUAUUCUUAUAAUAGUUCAUGGAUGGCACAUGUUGAUGGAUUUCCCUUAAAAACGUUUCAUUUAGACUCAAAAAUUAUUUUUAAUACCGUUACUAUUUCAUAAUUCUUAAUCAAGAAACUAUCCUUCUUGAAUUCAUAUAAGUGGUCUGGGAGUGUCCAUACAAAUUGUAUUAUGUUGUAAAUUAAUCUAGGAUUUUUUUGUUCAUUAUUUUGCAUUCAAAGUUUGUAAGUUAGAUUAAGUGUAAUUAGUUAUAGCCUUAGGUAAGUUAGGACAGUCUCUAUGAAAUGCUAUUAUAUGAUAUUAUAAAUUAUGAUAUUAUAAAUUAUAAUAUCAUGAGGCCCCCUAGAACCUAAAUUUUAACCUUGAACUCCUAGAAGUGAUUAACUUGUGACUUCUCCCUAUAAUAUCCAUACAUUAUCCAGAAAACAGGUAAUGAGAAUACU